CCGUCUGUCUGUCUGUAUGUAUGUAUGUAUGUAUGUAUGUAUCUAUGUAUGUAUGUAUGUACGUACGUACGUACAAAAAUAUUCUAAUCUCUUACAAAAACAUCAGUUACCAGCCAAGACAUUCACCUCAGUAUCUUCGUCGUGUAGCAAAACCCAUUACAGUAGUUGUACAAAACAUCACUGCGGCAAAAACUGCAGCCAUUAUGUGCGUAUGUGCGGGCAUUUAUGCGGAAAGAAAUCAGCGUAGUAUUUAUGCAUACUCUAAUUACAGUUUUUUUCGGUAUUUUUACUAAAUAGCAUUUCAACACUUUUGGUUAAUUUUAUCUAAUAUCUCUUUAAUUCAACCUUAGGUGUUUGUUUAUUAUUAUUUUUAUUACCAUUAAGUAAAGAGAGAUAGAUGAUAUACACUCGAAAGAAUCAUGAACGUCAAAUAUAUUUCAUUUCUCUUAUCAAUCUAAGAUAUUGUAUCUAUUUUGGUAAUCGAUAUGUAGUCGUUGCAUUACAUUAUUCAUCCUACUGUCUUUUCUGCAGUUUUAUUGAACACUGCUGUUUCAGCACAGAUGUUUGAGCUAUUCAACUAAAAUAAGCAGCAGUGAAAAGAAAAUGGAAUCGAUAAUGAAAAACAAGAAUGAUCGCUAAACGGAGUAAACCUCUUUGUUAGCUCCGCCUACUUCUCAUGACGUCAUCGAUUAAGGGGCUUUUGUCAGAUUAUUAAACUCCGAAGACGCACUGCAAGUAAUUCCUGCAAUUAUCUGCUUUGAAUUGUCUAUCUGAUUGCCUGUUUUUAUUUUUAGUCUAUCUUCUCCUUUACGAAGAAAGCGAUACGUUUCUUCUCCGUUCAUUUUGACUUACUAUAAGUCGGUUAUCAUAAGAAAAAAAUGGACCUUAAGAAAAAUUUUGAUUGUUUCAUUUUCGAAGCAAACAUGGAGCUAAACAACCAAACACCUAAGCAUAAAAGUUAUCCUUGUGAACAUGAAAUGCAACUAAAGGGAGAGACAACUUCUACCUCAGACAAUUUAUUUCAUGAAGAUGUAAACUCAGUGAAGCAUAUCUGUAAAGAAAACAAUGUAAUUGAAGAUGUUGAUAAUACUCCUAUCACUGGGGUAUGUUUGGAGUCUGACUCAAAUGGCUUUGCCCCACAAGAUGGAAUUAUUAUAGAUUUAAAGGAUAAAACUAAUAGUCCACAAGUGGAACCUGGUGGCGUAGAUAUACUCACUAUUGAAAACUUUGAAAGUAUGCUAACUGCAGAGAACACUAAGGCAAUGGACAUAUAUUAUGAAGAAGAAAACCUGAAUUAUUGUGUUGAUAGUGAUGUUCCUCUGCUCAGUUCAUCUGUUGAAAGUGAUACAUCUGUAGAAAUCUUAAAUCCUUUAGUUAUUGGUAAUGUCUAUUCUGAGAGAAAUCAAUCAGACAGUGAUGUUUCACUUUUAAGUAUGUCUGGGGAUGAAGUUAGUAAUGGUGAACCUGAAGAAUAUAAUAAUUAUGAGCUUGCACAAACCACUGCUUCAGAUCAUUAUAACAUCUUACCAAAUGUUGCAGAAAAUAAAAGUGACAAAUGCAUCACCCCCUUGAAUUUAAACAAUCCAUCCACAGAUACAUUUCUCUCUUAUGAAAAUAAACUCAACGAUUCUAAAGAAUUAUUUAUAAUACCUGAAGCAAAACAACUGCAAGAAGCAUUUAUCGAUCAAACAGAAUCAAUUAAUUCUAGGGCCAAAUGUUAUACAAAAUUUAUUGAUAAUCCUGAAUUAGCAUCAAGUCAAUCAGCUAAUGAAAUAAAAAACUUUACAGAGAAAACGUUUUUACAUCAAAAUGGUAACACACCUGCUCAUGAGAUUAUAAAUCAAUGUGACCAGAAGAUGGCAGAACUAAAUAUGAUGAAUAAUUCCUUGUUAACACAUUCCACAAGUAAUAACAUCAAUGAUACUGCAACAACUUUGCACUUUUAUGAUAAGGAUUCCUCUCUGGUUGAAUGUAGUCAAGAUUGUUCAUUAAUGAAAAACUUUGACCCCCAUUCUCCAUCAGUUAUGGACAGUAACACCACUGAAAUCUCUGCAGAAUUCUCACAGACAUGUUUGGAAGGGUCUCUCAUCAGUAAAGCCUCUCAACUGAAUGGUAAUGAGCAGCAACAAUAUGGAGAGAACAUUCAGGAAGUGGUUGCUUUGGAAAAGCAAAAUAGUUGUGAUAGCACUUUGCCACUUAUUGAAUCUGAAAUAAUUUCAAUUGAUCCUCUUUAUUCUAAAGAUUUCAACAACAGUAACAUAAUAGAGAUUGAACCUUCUUUCAGCAAAGAAAAAAACAUUCCUUUGCUUCAUUUUCUUGGAAGCUCAAACUUAAUUUCCACUUCUCACUGUUCAAGCCAAGAGCAUGUGAACUUGUCCGAUGCAUGCAUUCAUAUGCUAAAUAACUUAAACAACAGUUAUUCUAAUAUAUCAUUAAUGCAUAUAUCUUCUUUGAAGAAUAUUCAAGAAACUUAUCAGGACAAUAUGUCUGUCAUAUCUUCUGAAACAGUAAAAACUACAAAUCAUUGGAAGAAUUUAAUUGCAUACAGUAUUGGAUUCAUGGUCAUGUACAUGGCAUUUGGAUCAUUACGUCAUUUGCAGAGCAGUAUUAACAACAGUAAUGGUGUUGGACUUAUCACAUUGUCUUGUCUUUUUGCGUUUUUUGUUAUAGGAUCUUUAUUUGCAUCUUAUGUUGUUAAACAACUUGAACCUCGCCGAGCCACCCUUGUAACUGUUCUAUUUCAUAUCCUAUAUGUAAUUAGCAAUUGUUACCCCAGUAUCUAUAUUCUUAUGCCAGCAUCAGCAAUGCUUGGAUUUUGGAAUGCUGUAUCUUGGGGUGCUCAAGGAGUAUAUAUUCAACGGCUUGCCUGUGAUUAUGCCAUUAAGAAAGGACAAAAGACUGAACAUAUUUGUAGUAAAUUUCAUGGUGUAUUUUAUUUGAUAUUGUUUUUCUCAGAAGUGUUUGGGAAUUUAAUUUCAUCUUUAAUACUAAGCAGCAGUGAAACUGGUUCUUCACUUAAUGAACAGAAUCAGACAGAUUUCUAUUAUAAAAAUUCUACUCUAGAAGCAAUUACCAAUAUCACUCAUAAGAAUCAGCAAUGUGGUAUAAACUACAACCAUUUAAAACAUGAGGAUGAGAAAAGUAUGCCAAUAUCACAAAAUAUUAUUUUUUUGUUGACUGCUAUCUUUACUGGUUUAGAUAUAUUAGCCUUUGCUAUUAUUUUCUUUUUUGUGGAUCCACUCACUUCUACUUACAGAAAUAGUUUACCUCAGACAACCAGAAACUGUGAAAAGUUGUGGAGAGACAUAAAAUCUGUUCUAAUUUUCAUGAAAGACUGGCGUUUUGUAUUAUUAAUUCCAAUAUAUUUAUUUAGUGCCAUGCAUUUGGCUUAUAUCAGUGCAGAAAUAACGAAGGCAUUUGCAACAUGCAUGCUUGGUGUUCAUAUGGUCGGGUACUUGAUGAUUUGUUAUGGAAUAUCAGAUGCUCUCAGUUCCUAUAUAUCUGGUUGGCUGAAUCAAAUCACUGGUAGAAUUUUACUAAUAACCAUAGGAUCAUUGUCUUUUCAACUGGUCAUUCUCAGCUUGUUCUUAUGGCAACCAGUGAACAGUUCUCUUUUACCGUAUAUCCUCAUUUUUGGAUUUUGGGGAUUAUCAGAUGGAUUCUAUGCUUCUCAGUUGUGUUCUCUUACUGGUAUGGUGUUCUCUGAAAAAUCCGAAGAAGCAUUUUCAGCAUUCCGUAUGAUGCAAGGUGUUGGGUUGACUUUAGCUUAUGCUUAUGCAUCAAGCUUAUCUCUCGACAUUAAGUUAUAUAUCCUAAGUGGUACUGGAAUAAUUGCCUGGAUUAUGUAUAUGUUGAUGGAACAUUACUUGCGAAAGAGUGAACAUGAUAAAUCUAUUGGAAAAAAUAACAAUAUGCUCAAUGCUUAAAAUAUUGAUUUACCAGUAUUUUAGUACUGUGUAGCUUGUCAAUACUAUCUACAUAUCCAUAUAUAUAUAUAUAUAUAUAUAUAUAUAUAUAUAUAUAUAUAUAUAUAUAUAUAUGUAUGUAUGUAUAUAUAUGUAUGUAUAUGUAUGUAUAUAUAUAUAUAUAUAUAUAUAUAUAUGUAUUCGUUCAUUCAUUUUAACAUCUAUUUUCCAUCAAAUUGGACAGAUUUAUUUGAGGCAGGAUUUUAUGGCCAGAUGCACUUUCUGUUGCCAACACUUACCUGUUUUUCAGGUAGGCGAGAUCUUUAUUCCACAUGUCUUUAAAACUGCAGAAUGACUGGUCUAGCGGUGACGAGCAUGGAAUAUAUAAACACUGAUGUAUAUUCACAUGCACAUGCGCAUAUACACUCACACACACACAUGCAUAUGCCAGGCCCCACCCCUGUAAUUUCUGUCUGCCAGCUUGCCCGACAUGGCAAUUUGAUAGAUGGAAUCUGUAGAAACCCUACAAAUACACACACAUAUAAUGUCCUUUAUCAAAAAAUUUGAUUAUUAAAUUUGCUAUAAUCAUAUUGAUUAUACUGUAAUAUAUGAUAUAUAUUUAUGUGUUUGUCAGACAGUCUAAUAAACUGUCAAACAAAUACAGUUAUCACUUACGUCUAUUCAUGACACAUUUUUAUUUGAAUAAAAUAAUUUUUUAUAUUC